UAUUGAGUGAAGCAGCAGAGAUGGAGGUCGAGCUGAGACUCUUCAAAGUGAGACUCAACUCUGCGUGGAAGUAACCACCGUCCCGGGAAAACUUCGUCAAAGCCGGGAAGUUUGUGGGAAAACACGCAUUGGAGUAUUGGAUCCGGAAUUUGUUUGGUUUGUUUUUGUUGUUUUUUCUUUUUCUUUUCUUUAAAAAAAAAAACAACAAAAAAAAACUUCUUCUCAGACAUGGCAGAGAAAAGCGAAAACUUUCCUGAUGAGUCUGCAGGAAAAGACAAGGAAAUCCCAAAUGGAGGGAAUUCUGCAAAAACCAAAGAGGAUUUCGACCUGGCCUCUGUCUACGUGUCGGACGCUCAGUACAACAGAAACAUCUACUUUGACACGUCGCCUCAGGCUGUGAGACUGUAUCUUCUCUACAACCACUGGCUUCCUAAGGUUCUGCUCUACUUCUUCAUCCUCGUGGUUCUGUCUCUGGCCGUGUUCGAGGAACCCGCCGUCCUCCCUCUGCCCAUGUGGGCGACCAUGUUGGUGGAGCUGCUCUGCGUUCUGGUUUUCACCUUUCGACUGGUCCAUUAUGCGAGGGUGAUCCCGCGGGACAAGUUCUGGAAAGACGCCAAGAACAUCUGCAUCAUGGUCGUCCUCAUGCUCACUAUGGUCGAUAUGAUCAUCUACGGAUCGCUCAAAGCUGCCAACUGUUACGCCCUCCGCUGGUCCAGAGUCCUGCGCCCACUCCUAUUGGUCAACGUCACAGAGGGACGGCAGCUUCGCCGAGCGUUCAGAAGCAUCCGGAACGCUCUUCCUCAGAUCUUCUACGUCUUCCUGCUCUUCAUGUUCAGCGUCCUCAUGUUCUCCCUCAUGGCUCUGAAGCUUCUGGGGAAACGAGGCCUGACGACCAUUAACGGCGCUCCGUACUUCACCAACUACCUGGAGAUUGUGUUUGACCUGUACGUCCUCGUCACCACGGCCAACAGCCCCGACGUCAUGAUGCCGGCGUACAACUCCAGCUUCUUCUUCGCCAUCUUCUUCAUCGUGUACAUCCUCAUCAACACCUACAUCUUCAUGUCCGUCUUCUUGGCCGUUGUCUACAACAACUACAAAAAAUACCUGAAGGAGGAGGUACGGCAGCUGGUAAGGGCCAAGAGGCACAAAAUGGUGCGAGCGUUCGCCGUCCUGCAGGAGCGUAGGGAGGAGGGCGGCGAACCGGUGGUGACCCAGGCCAACUGGAACCAAGUGGUCCGACUGGUGCGGUCCGACAUCAGCAACGCCCACAGAGAGUUGCUGUGGAGCGUCUGCGACGACAAGAACCAGGGCUUCAUCGGUAAAGUGGCGUUUGUCCAGCUCGCUGAUCUCCUGAACAUCGAGGUCAUCACAUUGAAGACUAGGCCACACCCACUUCAGCGCUUGUGCCCUGCCCUCUACCUGUCGGCCCCGAGCCGCCUGCUCUGUCGCAUGGUCCAACACCGGGCGUUUGUGAUCGUGUACGACCUCAUCAUCCUGGUCAACGCCGUCUUCAUCGGACUGGAUGAGGAGAAUCCGAUGAUCGCAAACUCGGAGUGGGUUUUUCUGGCUCUCUACCUGAUCGAGAUCCUGCUGAAGCUCUACGUGUUCGAGCCCCGCGGUUUCUUCGCCAGACACAGCUUCUGGAACUGGUUUGACACCAUCAUCGUUAUAUCCGCCCUCAUCGCUACGAUCGUCAACUCCACGCUGAAAUCCUCGGGCGGUUACACCAGCCGGCAGAUCCUGGACAUCGUCUUCAUCCUGCGAGUCCUCAGACUGAUCCGGGUUGUGGACAGCAUCAAGAGGUUUCGUACGAUCAUCAACACCCUGAUCAGGAUUGGUCCAGCAAUCCUCACGUUUGGACAACUCAUCAUUGUCGUGUACUACGUCUUUGCCAUGGUGGGGAUGGAGCUGUUCAAAAACAAGGUGAGGUUUUUCGAAGACCCCAGUGACCCGGCAGGGGCGAACUGUGGAAACGCUCUCCUGACGGGAACGACCUUCGCUCAACUCCACUACUGCAAGAACAACUUCAACAACGUGGUCUCCUCCUACAUCCUGCUGGUGGAGCUCACUGUGGUCAACCAGUGGCACGUGCUCAGCAGCGGCUUCGCCAUCGUCACCCACAUGUCGGCCAGGAUCUUCUUCGUCUUCUUUCAUAUCAUCGUCGUCAUUGUCAUCAUCAACAUCUUUGUAGCGUUUGUCCUUGAGGCGUUCUUCGUCGAGUACUCGGUGGAUAAAAGCGACCUGCAGACGUCUCUGGAGAAGAAGAUCGAGGAACUGGAGCUGGCUGUGGAACAGGAGAAUUUGCAGGACAACCUGGUCGACGCCAUGGAAACCUUUGACAACGAUCUGGGAGCUGACCAAUCGCCGCGAGAGAAAAAACCCAGCCUGAUGUUUAAAAUUGCCUCAAAACGAUAUCGUACGGUGGACGCCUUGUUGCAGCGGAUGUUCGAGGCCGAUCUCGACCCCGACGAUUUCGCAGAGAACGAUGACCCCAACGCGCAGACCGAUGGGAACUUUGCAAACCCGACUUUCAGCUCCGUAUAAACACGACUGUACAAAUGUAAAUGAAGGGAACCGGAUCAGUGGCCCGGAUCUGGAUUCAGUCCCAGUGUGAAGGCGCCCCGAAAUCUGAGUCAUGUUGUAUUUUUUAUAUAUAUUUGUGUCAUGUCACUCUCGACGCAACAAAUCUGUAUUUUCUGAUAAAGAAUAUUUACACUGAA